UUUGUAUUGGAUAUAAGCGACCUUGUAUAUUUAUCAGUCGGGUUAUGUCAUUGAGUCAUUAUUGUUAGAUAUUCGCAGAAAGAAAGACUGAGUAUGUUUUCAAGCAAAUCGUCGGCCUUUGACAAGGCUUUAGAAAAGGCAACAAGUCAGCUACUUCUUGAGCCAGACUGGGAUUCCAUUCUUCAGAUCUGUGACUGUAUCAGACAGGGAGAUGUACAGGGCAAGUAUGCAAUUACUCAAAUGAAGAAAAAGAUUACUGCAGACAAUCCACAUGUUGCAAUGUUUGCUUUGCAGACUUUGGAAUCCUGUGUGAAGAACUGUGGCUCCAUCAUCCAUGAGGAGGUGGCCACUAAAGAGUUUAUGGAGUUCCUAAAAGACAUUGCAAAGAGCAAACCAGAUCCCAUCAAAGGCAAGAUAUGUGAACUGAUUCAGUGUUGGUCCCAUGCCUUCAGAAAUGAACCCAACUACAAAGUUGUCCAAGAUACCUUUAAUUUAAUGAAGAUGGAAGGUCACACAUUCCCAACCCUGAAGGAAGCAGAUGCCAUGUUUACAGCAGAGAAGGCCCCAGAGUGGAAGGAGGGGGACACCUGUGCCAGGUGUCGGACCAGAUUCGGGACAUUCAACAGACAGCAUCACUGCCGAAGCUGUGGGGAUGUUUUCUGUGGCAAGUGUUCCUCUAAAUCCUCCAUUAUCCCUAAGUUUGGAAUCGAGAGAGAAGUGAGGGUGUGUGACUCCUGCUACGACAAGAUUCAACAACCAACCAAGAAGAAGGAAUCUGAUUCUGAAUUACCUGCUGAGUAUUUAGCUAGCCCGCUGUCUAAGCAACAACAGGCCCCGCCCCAGAAGUCGGAGCAGGAGAUCCAGGAGGAGGAGGAGCUACAGUUGGCCCUGGCCCUGUCUCAGAGUGAGAACGAGGCCAAGGAGAAAGAGAGGGAGAGGCUGAGGAAGAAUUAUGGAAUGUAUGGAGGACCCAGUAACACUACAGCAUCAGCUCCAGCCACACAAUCUACUGCACCGGUAUCUGCUCCCAUGAUUGACACCACAGACAUGGAUCCCGAGUUAGCUCGCUACCUGGACAGGAACUACUGGCAGAGAAAGUCAGAGGAUGUUAAACAACCCGUAUCCAGUAGCAACCCACCCACCACCACCCCUUCUGCUCCUGUAGCCAACACCGAAUCCAAACAGGCAGGGGUGGUAACUGGAGGAGGGGUUGUUAUAGAGGCCUUUCAGAAUGGAGCAGAUGAGGGGGACCAGGAACAGUUUCUGCGUGCCCUUAAGAGCAGUCUUGAGAUAUUUGUCAACAGAAUGAAGAGCAACUCCCAGCGUGGUCGCAGUAUUGCCAACGAUUCCUCUGUACAAUCACUGUUUAAUGUCAUCUCUAACAUGCAUCCCCAGCUGAUGAAGUACACCCAAGAACAAGAGGAUAUGAGAGGACAUUACGAGUCCUUACAAGACAAGCUUGCCCAGCUCCGUGACGCCCGAGAGGCCCUAGAUGCUCUGCGUGAGGAUUACCGGGAGAAGAAGAGACGAGAACAGGAGGAGCUGGAGAGACAGCGACAGAUACAGAUGGCUCAGAAGUUAGAGAUCAUGAGGCAGAAGAAACAUGAAUACUUAGAAAUGCAGAGACAGUUGGCUUUGCAGCGACUGCAGGAACAAGAAAGAGAAAUGCAAAUGCGAUUUGAACAACAGAAGCAGUUAACUCAGAUGAGGCAGAUGCAGGCAUAUGGAUACCCUCCAAAUGCUUAUGGACAGAUGCCACCAAUGCAGGGCAUACCAGGACAAACGUUUAGUCCAAUUAAUUCUGUGGAUGGUUCCCCAGUCCAUCAGAUGCAUCAGAAUGCUUAUCCUCCAAUGGGUGUGGGUCCAGGUAAUAUGAACAUGGGACCAGGGCAGGGCAUACCACAAAUGCAGGGCGGAAUGAAUGUGGGAAUGGGGCCCUCGGGAGGGGGCCUUGAUCAACAGAACAUGAUAAAUCAGGGCCCUAUAGGGGCAGGUCAGCCUCAGAUGCAGCAGACCCCUCAGCACCAGAUGUACAAUGUUCCUAGUUCACAGGCAGGAGGCCAGUACCCUCCAGGAUCCACACAACCAGUUAACCUGCCCGGGACUUACCAAUCUGAUCAGGGGCAAAACAGUUACCAACCACAGAUGCAAUAUAGCAUGUCACCCCCCAUGAACCAGGGGUACAUGCCACCUCCUAAUGUGGAUUACAAGGCAUUCAACAUGCAAAAUAUGGCCAAUGCUUUGCCCCCACAGAGUCAACAAGGUGUGUAUUCAGCUCCAUCAGGUCAACAACAGCAAUAUAUGACAGGCCCACCCCCUCCCCAGAAUCAGCAGUACCAGCAGGGAGGACCCCCUCCCCAGGGACCCCCUCCCCCAACCCAGCUGGAGGGAGAACUGAUUUCAUUUGAUUGACGUACAACUUCAGUAGCUGAUUAAUUAUCUCAGUAAUAUAGAUGUAUUGAAAGAAUAACCGGACUUUAAUAGGCAUUUAUUGGAUACUUAUGAACUUUGUGUUGUAGCAAUGAAAAAAUGCUUUGAAGUUGAUUGUUGUAAACUAAGAAGUACAAUGUGAAAAUGAUUUUUUUUCUUCUUUUUCAGAGAUCUGGGUUUCUUGAUAAAUUGUUAAUCAUCAUAUAUAUUACAUAUAUGUUUUACUUCAUUUGCUAAAUAUAAAAAAAACUGUGUCAAGUUAAAAAAUAUUUUAUGGUUUCCUACAAAAUGACAUACAUUUAUAUAUACAAAUAGAAAUUUUGAAAAUUUAAAAUAUUGGUACAUGUUAAUAAAUUUAGCUAAAAUGAA